AUGGUCAACAGGGUGAACCGCAAGCACGAGGAAAUCGUCAGGCCAGUAAUUGGACGAAGAUGCUCACUGGACAUAGACGACAGGUUGACCCGCGACUGGUUCGUCGAAUUGGUGAUGAAGAUCAAGCGCAUCUUUGGACUGCCCACCGACUUGACGUUAGACUACACAAGUUUAUCUCAACUGUCUACCAUGUCACAGGAUGCUAUAUUCUACACGAUUGCCGAGAGCAAGCUCGCACGUCCACACAAGCUGCUGGACUACUUUGAGUCAAAUCUUCAAGCAAUGAAAGAGGUGGAUAAACGCAUCAUGGAGGACCUUUUCGAGAUGACGAGGAGCCAACUAGAUCUGGCCACCAUCUACGAGCCUCAGGCAUCCGAAAUCACCAAGCAGCUUGGGCGCCUGACCAUGGUGGAGCUUGAGCAGAUGAGAAAGUACGAGUUCGACUUGGACGGCAUACCUGACUGGCAUAACCCACAGAACAGGAUCGGUGGUGGAUCUUACGGGGAGGUGUACCGAGUUCACGUUGAGCGGGGCGGGGUGAACGUCCGCGCGGCUCUAAAGAUUGGGGUUCUGCCGAAUGACCUGACAACGGAGUUUAACGCCUGGGACUUUCUCACAGAGGAAAACAAUCUACGAAAACUGACGGGAGCCCAUAUAGUGGAGUAUUAUGGAACAGCAUGUAAGAAGGAAGAACGUGGCCUGAGGCUGGGUCUGGUCAUGGAGCUGUGUGAGGGAACACUCAUGGACAGGAUCGUUGGACAAAGAGAACACAACCCAACCUGGUGGCACCUUGACGCUGCCAUGCAACAACGAGCCUUCAGUUACAUUCAGGACAAAGCCAUACAGCUUUGUGAGGGGCUUAGAACCAUCCACGAUUCAGGCUACAUCCACAGGGACCUCAAGCUCAUCAACGUCCUGGUUACGGCAGGUGGCGUUGUCAAGCUGACUGACGUUGGAGAGACGAAGAGAGCAGAACACAUCACCGGAACAAUAACAGGCACGGCGAUCUACGCAGCACCUGAGGUAAAGGGACGGAAGGUGUACGGCACGAGUGCGGACAUCUACAGCCUGGGCCUAAUCCUGUGGGAGAUGUGGUACGGGAGGACCAUUGCUGACGCAAUGAAUGAUCCCAGCUUGAAGGGACUGACGGACGGAGAAUCCAUUAUCAUGCCGCACUGUCCCUCCGACCACAUCCGCCCCAUCCCGGAAUGGACAACUCUUGUGCGAGACUGCAUGAACAAAGACCCAAACAAGCGACCUACAGCACUGGAGUGUCUCACGAGCAUCAGGGCAAUGGCGGUAGAAGAUAACCUGCGCUUCCUUAUGUAUCAGACAACACGUCUCUAA